UGGGUUGCAGUUUUCAAACGCAAAUGUGUCAAAAUUUAUAGGUUAUCCUAUUUGAUUGAUGAUGAUUAGAUUUUAGAAGCAUUUUACUCCACUAUUUCUUUACGGGUAUCGGUGUGGUGCACUUGGUGACAUUAUGGAAAAAUUUAAAUAUUUAAUGGAGCCCGAGUUGGUGGCGAAUAUUCAAAAAUAUUUCGGCGUAGAAAAAAUUCAGAAAAAUGAUAGGAGUAAUGCUGUGGAUAAUAUUCAAAAAUAUUUCGGCGUAGAAAAAAUUCAGAAAAAUGAUAGGAGUAAUGCUGUGGAUAAAAAGGAGUAUACAGUGAGGAAUAAAUUUUGGUAUUAUUUGUUUUGUUUUGGUACUGCACUGGGGGAUGAAUUAUUCUACUCAAGUUUUAUUCCUUUUUGGUUUUGGAAUGUUGAUGGAGCAGUUGGACGAAGAGUGGUAUUAGUAUGGGCAAUUAUAAUGUAUAUAGGACAAGGUAUAAAGGACCUAUUCCAAAUGCCUAGACCAGGCCCGCCUGUUGUUAGAUUGCAAAAUAAGUGGGCAAUGGAAUAUGGUAUGCCCUCCACACACGCAAUGGUAGGGGUGUCAAUACCAUUUUCAGUAUUAUUGUAUACCAUGGACAGGUAUCAGUACAAUUUUCCAUUAGGUUUAUUAAUUGCCAUUGUAUGGUGCUCUGUGAUUUGUGUUAGCAGACUUUAUUUGGGAAUGCACAGUGUUUUGGAUGUGAUAGUCGGAUUAUUUUUGGCCAUAUGUCUAAUGUUUCCAUUGGUGCCCAUAAUUGACCAUUUGGAUAAUUAUUUCUUGACCAGUCCCACUGCCCCUAUAUUACUACUGGUCUCUUCUAUACUUAUGAUAGUCUACUAUCCAAACAGUGGAAAAUGGACACCAACAAGAGGGGACACAACCAUGAUUCUUUCAGUAUGUGUAGGAAUCCAGAUUGGAGCCUGGCUUAACUACCAAACUGGAAAGAUGUCGGCAUCGGAACUGACUGCGCCAUACGCCAUAAUGUGGCCAUCGUACACGAUGCUAGGCAAUACACUACUACGUACUAUUAUAGGCUUUGCGUUCGUACUUUUGACAAGAACGGUUUGCAAAACCUUUACAUAUAACAUUAUAUGUGCCAUAUUGAGGGAGGAUGUUGAUAAUCUGAAAAAAUCCGAGAAUACUUUACAGAACAAACACAAAACUAUAGUCGAUUUGGGGUGUAAAUACGUAGCAUGCGCCGCAAUAGGUUUUAAUACUUUGUACCUUUUACCUCAACUGUUUAGAUUCAUGAGGAUUGAAAGGCCGACUUUCUUUACUGAAAUCUGAUAAUUUAGUCAUAUUAUGAAACAAUUGUUUUCAUAAGAUUUUUAUCUUCUCUCUUUUUAGAGCCAUUUUUAUUUUAACAGCAAAUCGGCAUGCCAAAUAUUAAUUUUAAACUUAAGACCACUUUUUAUCAAGAAAAACAUUUUUUAUUUGGAAAUUGGCAGAUAAUUUAUGUUAAUUUCUCUAGUUUUUUUAUGCUGUCAAAUUUCGAAUAAAAAAACGUAUUUUAGACCUUAAAGUCGUUAUAGAGAGCUUUUGAUAAUGUUCAUAUCAAACAUAAGCAAUCGUCCAGUUUUUUAAUUUUAUAAAAUCUAUAUUAACUAUUAAGAUUAAAAGCACAAUUUGUGGUUUCAUAAUUUGGUUGACAUUAGAAUUAAUUCUUUUUGUUUCCAGUCACAACAAAUUUGUUGGUAAUAAGAUGCUAAAUUAAUUAUUACAUUUAAAUUUAUUCUGCACAAUUUAGCAAAAAUUUGCUUAAUAUAUUAAUUAUAUGAAAUAAAUUGUAAUCUUUAAAAAAAUGAGGUACUUAAAUAGGAAUUGUAAAUAGUAAAAAAGGCAAUAUGCAUAAUAAAGAACAUUUAUUAAAAAAAACAAUAAAAUGUACAAAUUCAGAUCCUUAAACUUAAAAUAUUAUUUUAUAAUUUUAAAGUGCACUAAAUUCUAAUAAAAACGAAUUGUGCUGUAAUGCCUUAAUAAUUUUAUCCACCCACUAAGGGCAUUGUUACUGUUAAUACCUGAAAAUAAAUUAUUUAAAUAAAAAUUAUUUUUUAAUAAUUUUAUACCUUGGAAGCCUUUUCAAAUGUAGAUGUACAACUUUCUCGCCGGACUACAUAUGGGACGAAAAUGUCCAAGAAGUAACCUUUCGCUGUGGAUUCCAAUAAAAUACGGUCUUCACCAAUGUCCAGUGUAAGUUCGCUAACUGACACCUAAAAAUAUUUUUUUCGUGAAAAAAGUAAUAAUUAAUUUUACUUUUUUUUACCAAAUUUGGCAGCCUGAACUCGCCAAUCAAGCAAUUUUGCCCGCCCUUUUUCUUAUAAAGUCUAUACUCGGGCUCCUUGACUUUAUUCUCAGCACUGGAUAUGGUUUCAAUCAAUACUUUUUUCUUUGGUUCCUCAGUCCUACCCGUAAUUUUAUCCAAAACGGACUUAUUACUUUCCGCCUGUUUUCCCAUUUUCUCGUCGAUUUCCCUCUGUUCAAUUCUGUGGCUUUGCAGAAUUCCAAAAGCUCUUUUGUUGCGCAGAAUUAUUUUUUCGUCCACGCAGACCAACCCGUAUUUGUGUUCAAAAAAUAA